GGGGCGGGGCUAAACGUCCUGACUGUUGGUGAUUAUGAAUGGCUGCUGUAGGCAGCGUGAGUGAGGGCCACCAGGCCUCCACUUCAUGUACCAGCAGUCUGUAGGGGUCUUCAAGGGGGGAUUUGUCACGUUUUUAUAGGUGCACACUGUGUGAACAGUGUACUGUUACCCAACCUCAGAUUUCAGAAGUGGCAGACCAAAAACAAAAUGUUCAGUGACCUGCGACAGUGACCCUGCAGAUGAGGCAGCAGGUGUAGGAGAGAUCUGACGAGGUGUGAGUGGGCCUGAUAGCGUGACACAGAGCAGAAGAUGAGGACUAUUAUUCCAGUGUAUGGGGGCGGCGAUGGAGGGGAGUCCCGCGGCCUCCGCAGUAGGGUGGGCAGGAUGAAGAAGCUGCUGUGGCUCAAGCCGAAUCCCUGCGAGGACGUCCAUAUGGACACGGAGGACGGCGUGUGGCUGACCAGCUUCCAGACGUUGGACACUGAUGGACAGUACGAGGAUCCGGUGCAGGAGUGGGGGGAGGAGGAGGAGGACGGGGCCGUGUUUGGCAUCACGCUACGCCGGGAGCCCGUCCAGCCGAGCUCGGACGCGGCGGAGCUCCCUACGGCCUUCAGCUUCGUCCAGUACCACACGGUGAAGGUGCGCAGGCUGAAGGCCGGCACCCUAGAGCGCCUGGUCACCCACCUGCUGGACCCCGAGCACCAGGAGCCCGACUUCGUCCCUGUCUUCCUCUCCACCUACAGGGCCUUCACCUCCACCAGCACCCUCACCGAGCUGCUGUUUCAGAGAGACGACUCAAUCGCCAACCUGGAUAACACUGUCUGCCCACAAAGUACCUUAACCCCGGUGGUCCGGCAGUGGCUGGAGGAAUACGGCGAAGACUUCUACGAACCCCCUCAGCACCAGGCCCUCCGGCUGUUGUGUGUCCAUUUGCGGCAUCGCCUCUGCUACAGACGCUUGGCUCAGACUGCCGAGACCCUCCUCAAGAGGUUCCAGGAACAAGAUUGCAUCCAGUCUGCGUCACAGCACGACAGUGAAUCAUCACAGCAGGAGCGCAGCGAUCAGGAGGACGGAGCAGAGAUGUCCAUGAAGGAGGAAGACAAAUACAACUUUAUGGACUUCCCUGUGGGAGACGUAGCGGAGCAGCUGACCCGAUUGGACGCUGAGCUGUUUGUCAGAGUGGUGCCCUUCCACUGCCUGGGCUGCGUCUGGUCCCAGCGCGACAAGAAGGAAAACCGAAACCUGGCGCCCACCGUCCGCGCCACCAUCUCCCAGUUCAACGCCGUCACCAAUCGUGUCAUCACCUCACUCCUCUGCCCGGCCUCUCCCAGCCCUUCCACUUCCUCUCCCAUCUCAUCGCCCAGCCCCUCCUUUACCUUCCUGUACCCCCCCAACGCCCCGAGCUCACCUCGCUUCUCUCACACCAGCCCCGCUCACAGGGCACGCAUCAUCGAGGGGUGGAUUGCCAUUGCUCAGGAGUGCAGACAGCUGAAGAAUUUCUCCUCUUUGAGGGCCAUCCUUUCAGCCCUGCAGUCCAACGCUGUGUAUCGCCUCAAGAAGACCUGGGCUGCUGUCAGCAGGGAGAGCAUGAACACAUUUGACCUCUUGUGUGAGACUUUCCCUGAUGAGAACUGUGUGCUAACCAGCAGAGAGAUCCUGGUGGAGGAUGGGACUCAUGCAGAUGGCAGUGCCACCCCGAGCUCCGUCUCCAGACUUAGCUUCAGCAGUGGUGUUGUGCCGUACCUCGGCACUUACCUGACUGUCCUCACCAUGCUCGAUACAGCACUGGCCGACACUGUGGAGGGUGGACUCAUCAACUUUGAGAAACGCAGACGAGAGUUUGAGAUUCUCUCUCAGAUUCGGCAGCUUCAGGCCUCCAGCUCCCGCUACAACCUACCAGUAAACCCUCAUAUCACCCACUGGCUGCAGGCACAUACACUACUCACAGACCAAGAGAGCUAUGAGCUAUCUCGUAACCUGGAGCCUCCAAUCGACCCCUGUCCCAGCUCUCCCAGCUCAUGGAGCAGUCGUCUGCUCACUAAGAAACUUGCCUCGUUGCGAACUUCCAGCGACAGCUCCCUCAGGAAGACCCACGCUGACCAGAUCAGUGUGUCGUCUUCUGGUUCCAGCAGUUCAGACAUGGAGGACCUCUCUGCCCCUCAGCCCUCCCCACUCAGACGCAAACUCAAGUCUCUCUCAGGUUCUCUCCACAAUGUUGCAGAGGAUUUCUCCUCCAGCUCCAUGUCCUCCUCCUCUCACAGUCUUUCCAGCUCCUCCUGCAGCUCCUCACAUCCAGACCUCAGCUCUUCUUCUCUGGUCCUGAGCCCAGAGUCGUCAUCGUCCAGCUGCUCCUCUCAGGCCUCGCUGCCCCUCUACAACAAACAGGUCGCCGACUCGUGUAUCAUUAGGGUCAGCGUGGAGUCCGUCAGCAAUGGAAACGUCUACAAGAGCAUACUGCUGACCAGUCAGGACCACACACGUGAGGUGAUUGAGAGGGCUCUUGAAAAACACAACAUGGAGGACUUCGGCUCCCAUAAUUUCAACCUCUGCCAGGUGCUCAACAAUGGAAAAGAUCUCCAGAUCCCCGACAAAGCCAACGUAUUUUAUGCCAUGUGCACCUCCGCCAACUAUGACUUUGUGCUGCGUUGGCGCUGGACGAACCACAGGAGACAUCUGGGCUGCUCUUCCAGUCCUGGAGCUCAGCCCAAGAGCCGUUUCGCUAAGUGAACAGCAUCUGUCCUGGCUGACUGUCAGGAGUACAUCUGGAAGACACAGGAGCUGCUCAUCUGCAAACACCUGCAGAUGACAACAACACGUGUGUGGCCGUUUGUAACUACUCACCGCCAUGAGGUCGUCACUGCAGCAGACAUGAGCCGCUCCGAAAUAGAGACUCUCAAGCAACCGAGCUUCGACUGAAAAAUAACCUUUGAGGAGUUCUCAUCAAGAUGGAGCAACACUGAAAUGUGUUAUACCAAGAAUCACUCUGGACUGUUUAAAAGAGUGAUGCAAGAGGAGAGAAAUAUCCAAGUACAUAGAAGAAGAAACUGAGGAAGAAAACAGGGUUUUUUAUUCUCAUAUUGUUCUCCAUCAUCUUCAACAUCUUUGGAUUAAUGAACCACAAUUCACCCAGGACCUCUUUUUUUCCUAAGAUAAACACAAUUGUAUUGAUGUAGACAUUACAAUGGUGGAUUAUCGCGCAUCAUAAAGUGCUUCAGUUUUCACGGCCGCUAAAUACAAACAGGAUGAGGAUCAGCUGGUAAUGUGUCAUUAUUCUGCAGGAGAAAAUGUGGCAGCAGAAUCAGGCUGGCAGAUUCUUAUCUGGGAUUCGUACAGCAGACGUGGGACUUUUCCUUCAGCCUGUGUGGGCGAAUGAGUAACUGACUCUUUUAACCACGCAAAGCAGAGUGACUAAGUAGGGAUGCUCACUGAUGAGUCAGCAUUUCAGUCGUGCCGAGCGCAUCGAA